UUUUUGAAGACUGAUUUCUCUUUGUGCACAGGGUGAUAGCAGUAUUCGAUAUUUUGAAAUCACAGAUGAAGCUCCAUAUGUUCAUUACAUCAGCACAUUCAGCAGUAAGGAGCCACAGAGAGGAAUGGGCUUCAUGACAAAGAGAGGCCUGGAUGUCAGUAGAUGUGAAAUUGCAAGGUUUUUCAAGUUACAUGAACGGAAAUGUGAACCGAUUACAAUGACAGUGCCUCGCAAGUCAGAUCUUUUCCAAGAUGACUUGUACCCGGAUACACAAGGCCCUGAACCAGCAUUAGAAGCUGAGGAGUGGAUGGCUGGCAAGAAUGCUGAUCCCAUUCUCAUCUCGUUGAGAGAUGGGUACAUUCCACCGAAAAACAGAGAACUGAAAUUUGCCAAGAAGAACAUUCUGGAUAACAAGCCACCUCUUGGACCUCGACGAAGCUACUCCACAUGCGAACCAAAUUUCUCUCGUAUAACCAUGGAAGAACUAAUGGAUGAAAUUAAAUCACUGAAGGUGAUAGUCCAGUCCCAGGAGAGACGCAUUACUGAGUUAGAGAACAAGCUCUCAAAGUUCACCAAUGGCACAGCUUAAUUUUAUCUUCAGCUCAAGCAUGCACUCCAAGGUAUCAGUGCUUCCUGCCAAGUCAAUUCAACUCAUCAUUGCCCACCUUGAGAACUCUGGUGGCAAAUGACAGUAGCUUUUAUAAAAAUCUACAUAAAAGUAUGCACAUUCUUAACUCCAGUCAGGCAAGACCACAUGGAAGUAUUUAAUAUUUUGUUCUGGAGGUUAAUUGAAGGAUUAAGCGAUGUUUGGGAACUACAGUGAACUAAAAUGUCAAGCUACACCUGAUCAGUGUUCCUACAUGUGGUCAUGGACUACUAUUGUUAGUGAGCAUUAAAGUCUCCAUGAGCAGAUAUCCUGAACAUAAAUGCCAGGACUUCUCUUUGGACUGAGGGAGGGGGAGGGGAAAGGAAUAACCUCAACAUACAGACCAGUAGGUCAAGUCAAGGGCAUCGGCUGGAUGGUGAGAUAGUCUGGAUCGUAACUUUUUCACGUAUAUGAUUCAUAAAACAAAUUAACUUUGAAACAAUCUCCAGGCUAAUAUUCUUACAAAGUUCCUCAGCUUGUGGCUGCAUUACUUCUGGCAAAUAAAGUAACUGUCUUCAAGUUCUGCUCAGGUAUAUUCAAACAAUAUUUAGUGAUUCUAAUUUUAUGUUCAUGAUUUGCACUGUUUAAGAUUGUGGCAGUAUUUGGCACUUGGCAAAAUUGAUAUUUUGUAGCAUUCAUGUGUAGACACAGGCUAAAAUGAGUGGAUGAUGUAGUUUCUAUGGUUCAUUGCAAAGCCAGUGUAAUUAUUUUAUGAGUCAGUUCCAAAAUCGUGACAUACAAUGCUAGCAAAUCCAUAGGCAAUUCUCCGCUACUUUCUUUACUUUUAUGAAUAAAAUGGUUUUGUUCCAAAAACUUUUCACCUUCAGGAAUGGAAAUAUUUAAAAAUGGCAACUUGUACGUGUGUUAUUUGGUGUAUGCGUUGUGCAUUAUGGCAAAAAGAAGUGCUCUUUUUUGUGGUGGGUUUACACUAUUGUUUUCUAUGUCCAUGCUCUAAAUUGCAAUUGUUGCCCAGUGCUAAGCCUCCUGUCAUUAAUUUUCUUUUUCUAGUUUAUCACUGCUGCCAAUUAUGUGCAUAAUAGUCUUGUGCAAAGAGUAUUGACUUUGCAGUUUCUAUUGGCACUUCUUUUAGAUGAAAGUGCAGUUGAUAGCAAACGUGCACUUCCCCCAUCAUUGGCUGCUCUAGAUAACGUAUUCAUUUUAUAUUUCCACGAUUCAAUAUCAGAAAAGAUCUAUUUCCCCCUGAGUCUUAUUAAAUGCAGCUCAUUGCCUGCUUCUAUUUGGCCUAUAGUGAAUUGGGGUGGGAAAGAGAGGAAGCACAGGUAUAAGAGGCUGAAAUACUAACACUAUUCCUGGCACAGCAUCAUCAAUGCUCCUAACAUUCAUUGUAGUUCUUUGCAUAUAUAGAGAAAGAGAAUAGGCACUGAUAGAUCUCAUGCUUCUUCAGAUCUCACCAAUCGAGCCAACUAACUGACUUUUAUCGGUACCUUUUGUGUUUUCCUGUCCUGAAUAAAAAUGAGAUUCAGGUCAAAACAGGAAGGUGUAUACAACACAUACCUAAGAGGGAAAUGACAUGUUUGCAGUGACGGUCAGCCCUCCUCUAAGGAGAUCCUGUGCUCAAUGGUUGACUAACAGUAGUAGUCUACCCAACAUUUCCAAUUCUCGUGUCCUUUCCACAUUAAGCAGAAUUCACUGCCCGAAUUGGUGAGGGUGUAUGCCAAAUAUCAGCAUUAAUUGUUCUGUCAAUUUGUUGUUUGUGCUAUGUUCUGUACUCGCUCGUGCUGUUUUGAAGUUUUUUUUCUGUACACAGCAACUCCAUUCAUAGAAAUAUUAACGUAUCGUAAUCCAAAAGUAACUUAGGGCUUUUUUUCUUUUUAAUGCAGUGUUGCUGUGUUAAAGAAAGGUAACCACCGAGAAGUUAAUUUUUUUUAAAAAAAUAUGUUUCUAAAUGCAAUAUGUUCAAAGAACUCAAUGUUAAUCUGCUUCUUCAUGUUUGUUUUAUUGGAGCCGCUUUAAGCAAAAGUCAAAAUGUCACACAGCAGCCUUUUGAAGAACAGUAGUGCAUGUUUUUUUUUGCACUUGAAUCAUUGCUUUGCCGUCUGUUGUACCAAACAUUACACAGAGUUGAAGGUUAGAGCUGAUGCUGGGUUUUUUUUAAACACCUUUUAUGAAAAGAUAUGUUGCUAACUGAAGCAAGUUACAAUUUUGUUCAAUUUCUGUACAUGCUGGUUCUCAAAUAGUUGUCAACAACUUCGGAUGACUUGCUCAGAGAUUUUUAGCACAGCCUAUCAAAUCUCAUAAAAUGUCUCAAAUAAUGUGACCUUGUUUAAAUAGCAGCAGGUCUCUGUAUACAGACAUGCAUUGAAAGGACAGGAGGCUUAAUCGAAAUAUAAAUAAUGCAGUAAUACAGGACAGUGUUUACUUAAUGGACUAAUCAGCUGUGCCUUUUAGUCUAAAUGAUAGAUUAGAAUCAGUAUCGACAGACGUUAACUUUACAGAGCUGUGCAAUAAGCAGCAAUUGUCCAAGAAUGUGAACACAUUUUGUCCUCAGGUAAAAUGUAUGAGAAUGGUUGGCAAUAUCUUUGUGACUUGUUUGUAAAAGGCAGUUGAAGAUUAGAUGUUCAUUUUUAUUAGAUUAGAUGUGUUUUCACCUUAAUAGAAUCAGAGAACACGAGAUUCAGCUGAUGCUCAAAGAUCUCACAUUUAUGUUUUGUUGUGUCAUCUUUGGUAUUAGUCUCCCACAUGGGGCCAUUGUAAUGAAAUAUUCAAAAGAAAGGUAAAACAAUAGGUAGGCUGUUGAGCAUGUCAUGUUUUGCCACUUUGUCUACAACCAUGACAUGUUCAGUAGCUUUUACUGCAAAAUAUUUUAUGCAUUUUCCCGCUCAAUUAUUGUACGUAUAGUCCAUGUACUCAACAUUAGUCAAACUUGGAAACUCUUUAUGUAUGUACCAGGAUGGAUAGAAUCCAACUCCACAGGAAGAAACUAUGAUUAACCCUUUUGAGAUAAUCUGGGGUCUCUAAUCCCCUUGCUACUUUUGGUUUUCAUUUAAGAGUUAGUUUAGAUCACUUAAGUAACAAUGUUAAUAUUGUUUGCUAUAAAGAUGUUUGCUUCUAAGAGUUAGUUUUUAUGGCCAUAAAAAAGGAUAUAGAGGACAAACUGGUUGACUUCUUUUACAACCAAUGUGAUACAAAUAGGAUUUAUGAUUUUUGCCUUUUUAUGACUUAGUAAAAAGAGGUUCUACCAAUUUAAAGCUUUUAUUCAGGUAAGUGGUUCCCUUCUUUGAAGACAUUCACCUUUUAUCCAAGUGCAACUUUCAUUUCUUUUAUCUGUUGUUUAUAAUGCCGGCCGAGCAUUUGCAUUGCACAAUAUUCAGACAUACUUGAUCAGUCUUUUCGAAUGUAAGAUAUCUAUUGGGAAUGUCUGAUAUUUGCUACAUAUGUUCUGUUGCAAACACAUUAUUAAUCACAACAGAAUAUUGUUCAAAACUUCAAAGUGCUGGAUGAUACACAGAUAGAGUUGCAGUUAGAUUAUGCAAAAUAAUGAAGCAAGAAGGGAGAAAAUCUACAACACAAUAAAAUGGAGCAACGUGGAAUGAGAAUGUAAGCCCCAGGCAGAAAAGUGGAAGAAGUGUGAGUGUCCGACUAAUCAGAUGUGACAGUUUGUUAGAUUAUGAGUCACUUCUAUUGAAGUCAAUCAAAUAAGCAAAAUUGAGAUUGUUAGUUGCAUUUUAAAUUGAUAGAUAAAUGGGAGAGUUACUGUUCUGACAGAUGAAAUCAAAUAAGACUAAAAUUAACAGACCCAAAUUGCAAUUCGUUUCUAAUCCACUUAAAGACUGGAAAGUGUCAUAAAAUGAUGAUAGCUUGAAAGAUUUCAACUUGGAAAAUACUUUUCAUUUUUUGACUUGGCUCACAACUUGGCCAUUUUAGUUGAUUGGAAAAUAACUUUGGUAUCUUGAUACAAACAAGAGCAGAAGUGCCUGUACAGAAUUAUUCAUUUAUUUAUAGAUUUGACCAUCAUGCAAGCCAAAUUAUUUUUAAAUGCAGCCCUUUCUGAAAUUAUGUAUGUUUUGUUAACGCGAAUUGACUGUAAUGCAAUUGGUGAAUAGGUGAACACUGAUUGUAAAACGCAACCAUUUGCAUACGUGUGUUGGCUAUUAUGUGAUUCCAUCCCGUCCCCAUCAAGUUAUCUUCAAAUUUUUUUCAAGGUGAAAUGUUAAAUUUACUGUAUUAUUUCAUUAAUGGAUGUGAAUUUAACAUUUAUUUAAAGUGUGCUAUCCUUUAUAUUAGGCUAACUACUAUAUUUGUUUUGAUUUUGAGUAAUAAUUUUAGUAAUCUGCCCCAACCCUACAUUUUCCAUAAGCCCUGUUAUUUUUAUUGCGUGGUUUACUAUAGCGCGAGUUUGCACAAGCACGCAAUUAUCGCAUUAUAGCAGAAAGGACAGUAUUGACUUAUGUUUUACUAUUAAACUAUUUAAGUCAUUUAACGUUGCAUAUUAUAAGUACCUCUGAUUUAUGUUCAAAUUUCCAACCAUUUUCUUUGAAUCAGGUUAGUUGUUUGAAGUUCAUUAUCACCAGGAUUUAAAAAGAGACUUCUGAUUUCACCUAUGGUUUAAGUCAAUUUAUACCAAAUAAUAUCAACUGUUUUAUGAAACAAGAAGAUGGAAAUUCUUUUACUCAUUGCCUUUUCAGCAACUUGUCAAUGAUUAUAACUAGUAUUAAGUGUAUUGACAAAAGAUAUUUGACAUACUCUUUGCCAAGACUCCUCUAAGUCCCUUCUUCUGAUACAAAACUUUGCCAGCUUUUUACUUGGUAGAAGAAUUUUGGAUGCUGAGUUGUUAUAAUUGGUUGUUUUCAGAGUGAACCUUCCAAUAGCUGAUAACUUGCGAACACAUUUAGUUUUACAGGAUGCUUAAUAGCUACCAAUGUACCAAUAAUGUAAGAUAUCAAAUUCUUCUUUCACUGCAGCAGCCAAUGGAAACACUUAUCUUUAUUGAACUCAGUGGCAUUGUAAGUGGACAUAUGGCACAAUUGGAGCUGCAUGCCUGUGGGAAUAGCAUUUUACAAAUCAUGGGAGUGUCUUAGCUAAAAAAUCUCUUUAUUGAAACUACGAGCUAACUGAGGCUGGUUGUUCAUUUACAUAUAUAAAUGAACAAAUAUCUGCAAAAGGAAUCAGUACAUGUAUCUCAAAGGUUAGCGCCAAUGAUCUGGAAUUACUCUGCGUAAUGUAAAGGCUUUAUGAGCAUUUUACAAUCACUAUUAUCUAUGUAAUAAUUACUAUCAUAAGCAACAGCAUCCCAAAUGGGAACUAACUUUGGACUGGGGGAAGGGAUGUAACUCUCAGACACGUCACCCCCAAGUAAAUAGACAUUAGAAAAUGUGAGAUAUUUAUUCUUUGAGCACUAAAACAACUUUAAGCCAAUAACUUUCAUCAUAUUUUCCUAAAAUGAUAAUGCAAUUUCAUGUAUUAAAAAUCAGUGGUACAGAACGACGUAUUAAUCAUAACUCCUUACAUCCAGGAUAUAAUCUUGCAAUAGUAAAAACUCUAAAGGCCUAUUGCUGCAAUGAUACCAAAUCUUCAAAAGGUGCUGUGUUUUAUUUUCGGAAAUGGUGGAACCUAUAAAAACAAAUCUGUGUGAGUUUGUGUGCAUUUUUAUAACUAACUUCUCUGUAAUUGAAAAGAAUGACUUCUUAUCCAUACUGGACAGUAAAUACCUGUGUUCUUUUUUAAAACUUACUACUCUUUAGCACAAAGUACGGCCCAAGUCCAUCAUACUAGUGUUGUGUAAGAGUUUGAUGUAAUACAAUAAUCUUUUGCAUGAGAUACAUCACAAAUGUAAUCCGCUGUCACUGUAAACAAUCUGUAACAAAUGUGAUAUGUAAAGGUGCCCUAUCAUGUAUUAUAUUAUAAAAGUAAUAUAAAUGUUGCCAAGCAAUUGAAUGUCACCUUAUUUGUAAUGUUAACGGUGACACGUACACAUUUUGUGAGCCAAGAUGAGACUUAUCAACAUUCAAUCACCAAGAGUGCAAUAUGCAUAAUAUCUCUCUUCUCAAUAGGCCUGUGGUCAGUCAGUUCAACCACUGGAGUUCAGUUCAACAGAUUUGUAAAGUAAGAAAUCCAUGUUAAUUCUGGUUUUUGUUUCAAAGAAAGUUAUGCCAAUUUUUUUUGGACAAAUCAAUUCUUGCCGAGAGAUUUACAAUAUCGUGUGAUGUAUUCCUCAUGAAGCCAAUUCUGGUUUAUCAGAGGAUUAAAUGCAAUGAGCAGAUCUUAAGACAUUUAUCUAGAUAAAAGUUCACAUAGUACUGAUUUUCUUGCAGUAGGUGUUGAUAAAGGUUUUAUAAGUAUUAAUUAAAAGUAAUGAAAACGUACAUACUAGAGGCACCUCUGGUAUUCAGUAGGUUUUGCAAGAGAGCAGAUACAGAAGACUUCACAGCUUCUGCAUACUGAGGAGGGCAGAAAUUAACCUUGUACAUGGAAAUGAAAAAUUAAAAUCCAAACCUUGAUUUUAGAUAUGAUUUGAUGGUUGUGUUACAGCAAAGGAACAAUCUUGUGCCUCAUUAAGCAGUGCUUGAUCAUAACAGAAUGGCUCUUAAGAGGGUUGCAUUGUAUGGCCGGUAUAGAUUAACAAACAGGAUUACUCCUUUAUCUUCCAGUUACUUAAGAAUGUAAGUGGAAUGAAUGAUAAUGUAAUGCUUUGCUAAUCUUUUAAUUAAUUUUCCAGUUGAGUUUUUUUGGCAGUAUCACUUUCCAGCAUCCUUUCCAACAAAUGGAUUGUCUCUUAACUAUGUAUGUAUGUAUGUCAUACUUGACAGACAAUUCAACAUGCAGAUCAUAUGGAUCAUUGACACUGGCAUCUUAAGAGAGCAAGACAAACGGGCAAAAAUUACAUAAAUGUGUGAAUUUAUUUUCAGUUCAGAGGUCUGAUUCUAAACUAUCAUGAAGGGUUUGGCAAACCUGGCUUACAAGGCCAGUAUGUUGCCACUCAAUUUAAAUAUGUUUAAUGUCAAAGAGGGUAAAUAAAUGCAGGAUGUGUGCUAGGAGGUGAAGCGUGUGAACACAUAAACUAGUAUACCCGAGCUGAAAAGAGGGUAAGUUAGACACUGUUACAUGGCCUUCCUGUCUAGCCUUUCUAAAGAUACUAAUGUGUGCAACUGGAAGUAAAUAUAUUCUCUAGUUUGCAGAAGUGAAUCUAGUGGGUUAAUGAAAAGAAAAUACAGAAAAAAAGAAGCUUGUAGUUUCAAACAUUCUCCCUAUUUCUCAGGAGACGUCUUGUUGUUGACUGGAUAUAUGGCAUUCCAAUGUGAACUUUGUGGGUAUCUGGCAUCUGCAUUGAUCGCAAUAUGUUAGAUUUUAUUUUUAAAUAAAUAAUAACUGAAUAAUGCA